CUAAUCAUACAAUCUCCAUUUCUAAGCCAAGUUUCUUUCUCUCUCUACCUGCAUUUCUUUUGCAAUUUCCACGGGAUUGUGGAAUAAAUAAUCCGAGCUUCCGAUUUUGUUGCCAUCAUAUUCUCUCGUAGCUCGUGAACCUGAUCACUUCUCUGCUAAUCCGUGACUGUUUCACGGAAUUCUAGAAUUUUUGCCGAUUUUAUAGGUUAAUUUGCUUCACUGAUCUAUUUGUCUCGUGUCAGAGUAGUUUAGUUUCGAAUCGAGUCUGUGAGUGCUGAUGUUUUGCGUGAGUGGAGAAGUUGGAGAAGAAAUGCAGUGUGGAAUGAGGAGUGAUUGAUUCGUGUUAGUGAAUGAUGUGAAGACUGGGAGAGGUUGCGGAUUUUGAAAUGCUGAGCCCUAAAUUAGGAGCUCAGUCAGAGCGGAUGAAGCGGAGGUCGAGUUCGGGGAAAUUUCAUCAUAGGUGGAAGCGGAAAUUUUUCGCGUUUCUCUUGAUUGCGAUUUGUUUCGCGACGUUUAUGUUGAUGGAAUCGGAGUACAGUAAGAUCAAAAUGCCUUCGUUCAUAUCUCCGCCGCUGCAGAAGCCGAAGAUUGCUUUUCUUUUUAUUGCUCGGAAUCGGAUUCCUCUCGACAUUGUUUGGGAUGUAUUUUUUCAGGGUGAUAUGGAGAAUAGAUUUUCCAUUUAUGUUCAUUCAAGACCAGGGUUCUUGCUGAAUGCAGCAACGACAAGAUCAAAAUAUUUCUUAGACCGUCAAGUAAAUGAUAGCAUACAGGUAGAUUGGGGAGAAGCGAGCAUGAUCCAAGCUGAGCGUAUUUUGCUUCAAAGUGCACUGAUGGAUCCUUUCAAUGACAGGUUUCUUUUCCUUUCAGACAGCUGUGUACCUCUCUAUAAUUUCAGCUACACAUAUGAGUAUAUAAUGUCAACCCCAAAUAGCUUUGUGGACAGUUUUGCUGAUAAAAAGGAAAGUCGUUACAAUCCAAAAAUGCAUCCAGUGAUUUCUAUUGACAACUGGAGGAAGGGAUCUCAGUGGGUUGUUCUGACCAGAAAGCAUGCUGAGGUUGUAGUUGAAGAUAAAACUGUAUUCUCUAUGUUUCAGCUACAAUGCAAGACGAAGUCGUUACCUGAAUUUUGGCGAGACCGUCCGAUUCCUGCCGAUACAUCAGCUGAACAUAAUUGUAUACCCGAUGAACACUAUGUUCAAACUUUGCUUACACUAAAAGGCCUGGAAGGAGAAAUCACUAGAAGGUCACUGACUCACAGUUCUUGGGAUCUAACAUCUUCAAGGGAUCCUCAUAGGAAAGGAUGGCAUCCAGUCACUUACAAGUUGGCCGAUGCUACUUCCAGUCUUAUCCAAUCCAUCAAGGCAAUAGAUAACAUCUAUUUCGAGACCGAGUACAGAAGAGAAUGGUGCACUAGCAAGGGGAAACCCUCUCAAUGCUUCCUUUUCGCCAGGAAAUUCACGCGGCCUGCUGCCUUACGUCUUCUCAAUAUGUCUGCUUUCGGAUUUUCCAGAGAAGCUACAACUUGAGCAUGAUAUCGUGAAGUAGACCAUGGAUUAGCAACCGCAUAUCAUACAUGUGAAUAACCUAGUGAGUCAUCCAUACUAAUUAUGAUCAAUAUCGAAAGUAGGUGUAUUUUGAAAUGUUCUAAUAAAGGCUGUUUUCUGACUAAUAUCUUACUUAUAUUCCUGUGAGAUGUCGAUAUUAGGUGGUGUAUUCUUAGGUUUCUGGUUUGUUAGCAUAAUCAGCCUCAAAUAUUUAACAAUUCUGCAGCAAUAUCAGUAGCCAUCUACAGUAUUCUGAAUAA